AUGGUAGAAAACAAUAUGGAUGAAUUAAAUUUACUUCGUUCAAUACUUCAUUCAGAUGAUCAUCUACAAAUUCAAUCAUCAGAAAAUUUCAAUAAAAUUUGUUUAAAACUUGAUUAUGAUAUUUGUAUAAGUUUUUUUUAUAAUUCACUUAAUUCAUUAAUAAUUAAUAAUGUAAAUGAUUUACAUAUAUCAAAAUUAACAAAUAAAAAUUUACUUACAAAUGAACAAUGGAUAAAUAUUCAAGAUUAUUUUAAUAAACUUAUUCAACAAUCAAAAUCUAAUACAUCUAUUUAUACAUUUAUUCAAUUAAUACAACAAUAUAUUUUACAAAUUUCAAAUGAAAAUUUUAAAUCUAAUGAAAAAAAUUCUAUAUCAACAAUAAUUAAAUUAAAAGAAGAUGAUACAUCAAUACAAAUAGGAAAAUUUCAUAGUGCUGAUCUUAUAUUUAAUCGAAUUGCAUAUGAUACAACAAUUGAUCGUUCACAAGUUCUUAUUGGUUAUGAAGAUCGUUUUACAGGUAUUCAUGAAAUAAAAUUUAAUGAAUUUAAAAAAAUUCAUGACGAUGAUUAUGGUAUUCCAAUGCAUCGUAUUCGAUAUUAUAAAAUUAAUGGAUCUAUUGUUUGGGAUAGAACUAAAAAAUAUGAUAUUUUAACUGGAAGUGAAAUACAUAAUGAAACUACUGCUGAUAUUGAACAAGAAGAAUCAAAUUUAGUUGAAGGACUGUAUCAUUAUGAUCAAUCAACUCAACAAUGGAUUUUAUGUCCACAUAUAUCUUUAGAAUUAGAUAAUGUAAAAAAUUCAUCCAUAGAUAAUAUGUUUUUACCAGAACGAUGUCAAUUUCUAACAUGGAAUAUACUUUUUGAUUAUUAUCAAACUGAAUUUAUUUAUACAAAUCAACGAUAUAAUGAAAUAUUAAAAACACUUAAAUCAUUUUUACCAGAUAUUAUUUGUUUACAAGAAGUAACAAUAAAAUUUCUUAAUCUUCUAUUAAAUGAAAUUUGGUUAAAAGAAAAUAAUUAUUAUAUUAUUAUAAUGGGAAAUAUUCUUGAUAAUAAUCAAAAACAUUCUUAUGGACAAUUAAUGUUAAUGAAAAAUUUUCAACCUAGAGCAUUUUCAAUAUGUCCACUUGAAAUAUCUGAAAAUAUAAUAAGUUCAAGAAAUAAACGAACUAAAGAAUAUAUUAUUGCACGAUUUGGAUUAAAUUUAGAUGUAACUAUUGAUUUAGUUAAUCUUCAUUUACAUAGUAAUCAUACAUUUAAUGCAAAUGAAAAACGUUGUCAAUCAUUAGAAUAUUUUUUUAAAACAAUGAAUACACAAAAUUAUAUACUUAUUGGAGAUUUUAAUUUUGGUGAUUAUGAUAUAAUAGAACAAAAUAUACUUCAAAAACAUCAAUAUCAAAUACAUGAUCUUUGGAAAGAUAUUUAUGAUCUUGAUGAGAAUCCUGGUUAUACAUUUGAUCCAUCACGUAAUACUUGUGCUCAAAUAACAUCUGAUUUUCAAUUUAGUCUCCGAUUGGAUCGAUAUCUACUUCAUAAAUUAUAUAAUCUUUCCUAUUCUAUUGAACAUCUAAAUAUGAUUGGUCUUGAAACAAUUUCUAUUGAUUCAAUAAAUGAUAAAUAUAUUAAUCAAUCAGAUCAUUAUGCAUUACAAUUAAUUAUUAAUUUUCGAAUACGAUCAAUUAGUCAAUGUUCAGCACUUGUUUUAUUACCACCCAUGAAUAAAUUGUCAUUAAUUGAAUCAUUUCAUGAUCCAUUAAUUAAUCAAUGGCCACCACAUAUUAAUUUAUUUUGGCCAUUUUUUGAUUUAAUAGAUACAGAAGAUGAUGAUCAAAGUAUUCUUUUACCAUUAAGACUUUUACUUGCUCAAUAUAAAUCAUUUGAUAUAGAAAUAAAUGAAAUUGAUACAUUUAAAGAAAAUCAUAUUAAUUUUAUGAAAUUAAAUCAACAAUCAUUAACAUAUGUUAAACAAUUAUAUGAAUAUAUUAAACAAUUUUUUCCACAAUGGUCAUUUAAUAAUGAAAAUGAUUAUAAUCCAUAUAUGACAAUAGCACAAUUUGAUAGUGUGAAAAAACAUAAACAAAUCAAACCAUUAUUAACUUUAAAUGAACCAAUUCAAUUUCCUGUUCGAUAUAUUUAUAUCUUACGACAAACAUCUGAUAAUCAUACAACAUCAUUUCAUAUAGCUUAUCAAAUACCAUUAGGUUCUGUACUUGAACCAAUAGGUUUAAAUCCAUUUUCUAAUAUAAGUUUUGAAUUACAAGAAUUUUUUAAUAAAAUAAAUCUAUAUGAAAAUAAAAAAGCUUAUGAACAAAAAAAAGAAAAAUUUAAUCGAUUAUCAAUUUGUUUUGAAGAAAUUUUUAAUAAAAAUACAUUAAAUUAUUUUACAUAUGCAUUUUUUCCUUAUGGAAGUUUUCGUCUAGGUUUAAAUGGAGAAGAUCUUGAUACUGUAUUUAUUUUAUCAGAACAAAAAUCUAUAAAUAAUAUUAAUAAAACAAAUCUUGAUCAAAUAUUUUUUCAACUACGAUAUGAUUCAUUAGCAUUAAAUGAUCAAAUAAUAAAUUUACUUACAACACAAAUUAACAAUGAUUUAAAUAAUGAAAUAAUUGAAUGUCGAAAUAUUCAAGCUAUUUAUCCAAUUAUUUCGAUUUUAUUUCAUGAUCAAACACGAGUAGAAAUAUUUGUACAAAUUAAAGAAAAAUUAAUAGCAAAUGAACAAUAUUCAGAUGAAACAUAUUUUCUUUCUAAUUUUCAUGAACCUAUACAUGGGGUUCAUGAUAUUGAACGUCUUAUAACUUAUGUUCGUUCACCACCUAUAUUUCAACAUUUGCUAACUUUUAUUCGUACAUGGGCUCAAAAUGUUGGUCUAUAUGGUCAAGUAUAUGGUUAUUUAGGUGGUUAUUCUUGGGCAAUUUUAUGUGCUUAUAUAUGUCAUAGGUUUUUAUUAUUGAAUAAUUCUUAUUUUUCUAUUGAAGAAUUUUUUAUCUUAGUUGAAAAAUUUUUUUCAACUUAUUCUCAUUUUAAUUGGUCAUCGGAAUCAGUUAGUUUAUAUUCAAAAAAAUCUUUUUCUGAUCAGUCAUCAAUAGAUAAUCGUGGUUCAAUGCGUAUAUUAUGUCCAAGUCCACCAUAUAAUAAUACAUCACGUUCAACCAUAGAUUCUACACGUGAUUUAAUCAUACAAGGUUUUCAAAAUGUUCAUAACAUAAUUGAGAAAAAACUAAAAUAUGAAGAUACUCUUAAAGAAAUUCUUCAAUUAUCAAAUCAUUUUCCUGAUAAAACAAUACAAGCAAUUCUUCAAUUAAAAUUAUCUGGUAAAACAAACAGUGAACUUAAUCAAUGGAUUGGUUAUAUGAAAUCUCGUUUAGCACAUUUUUUAAAUGAUUGUCAAAAUGAAUGUAAUUUAUUUGUUCAAACACAAAAUAAUGUUGAAAUAAGAAAACAAAAUCUUGAAAGAUUUUAUUCAAUUGGUUUUCAAUUAAAUGAACAAAUUUUAAGUCGUCAUCGACAAUUUUAUUAUUGUUUAAAUAAAUUUCUUGAACAAUUUAUAAUAUGUUCAUUUCGAAGUGAAACAAUGAAAAUUUCAUAUAAAUUGAUGUCUAUACAUGAUUGGAAUAGUGAACGUAUGAAAGCAUAA